UUUUUUUAUCGAAAGGUUAAAGAUUUUCGCUGCUGCUCAAAAGCUCAUUUUAAAUGGCUUUAAAUAGUUGAAUAAAUACACAUUAAAGGCGAAAGUGUAAAGUAAACAUAAUAAUUGCUGGUUUGAGUUCGAAAACAAUGUUUUUAAAACAUUUGCCAGUCGUGUAAUUAAACUCAAGUAAGCAGCGCACGUACGCACAGACAUCCACACACACACACAUAAGCACACAGUCGCCACGAAAAACAAGUUCUUAAAAGGCAAACUAACACAAAGAAGCAACAGCUUGCAGUCUUCACUUGGGCUUUAUGAUGGGCACAAGCAGCGGCAUUAAAACUGAAGAGCCCCGUGCAAUGGGCUUGAAUCACCCAACCGGUAGCAGCAGCAACAGCAAUGCAGCAGCCGUUGCAGCCGGAAAUGCCGCUAGCUCCGCUGCAGCCGCCGCUUCCCUCUCAUCCGUGGAGCUGUGCCUUGUGUGUGGCGAUCGAGCGUCCGGCCGUCAUUAUGGGGCCAUCAGCUGCGAAGGCUGCAAGGGCUUCUUCAAGCGAUCCAUACGCAAGCAGCUGGGCUAUCAGUGCCGAGGGGCCAUGAACUGUGAGGUGACCAAACACCAUCGCAACAGGUGUCAAUUCUGUCGGCUUCAAAAGUGUUUGGCCAGCGGCAUGCGAAGUGAUUCCGUGCAGCACGAACGCAAACCCAUUGUGGAUAGAAAAGAUGGAAUCGUCUCUGGCGCAACGGGCAGCGUCUCUGGCUCCUCAAGCACUGCGGGCGCCUCCAGUGGCUCUGCGGCUGGCAAGUCCGGCUAUCAGCAGGUGCGUGUGAAGCAGCAGCAGCAACAUGCCUCGGCGGCAGCUGCGGCAGCCGCAUCGGCGGCUAGCGCUGCGUUGUUUCAGCAUGCAGCCACGCCCCCGGCCAGCACGGCAACAACGCCCUUUGGGCUAAGCGAGAAUCUAUUCCCCAUGAGCCUCAACUUUGCAGAGCUAACACAAACCCUGAUGCUCGCCACGCAGCAGCAACAACAACAGCAGCAGGCGGCAAGCAGCAAUGCGCCCAGUCACUGUUAUUCACCGGAACUGGCCAAGCCGGAACUGGACGAGGAUGAAGAUGAUUCGAUGGACAACAGCAGCACCUUGUGCCUGCAGCUGCUGGCCAAUAGCGCCAGCAAUAAUAAUUCACAGCAUUUAAACUUUAAUGCAGCAGCUGCCGCUGCCGCCGCUGCUGAUGCAACAGCGCUGCCCACACCCGCCACGGUUGGUCUCAUACAAAGCUCGAUGGACAAGCGUGCCAUAGACAAGGCGCUGCAACUGCUACAGCCCAUACAGCAGCAACUGGACAGGAAUCAAGGCGGCCAGAAUACAGCAGCGGCUGCGCUGAGCAUUAAACCCGAAUGCGAUUCGGAUGCGGAGGACAGCGGAACGGAGGAUGUUGAUGCCGAUCUUGUGGAGCACAUGGACUUGGACUUUGAAUACUGUAGUCGUGGCGAUUUUGUGGCUAACGAAGCAAUUUUUGCCCAGGAUCUGUUCGCGUCCGAGGCGCAGUGUGCGUUCCACGUGCAGCCGCCGGCACUAGUCCAUUCAUAUCUCAAUAUGCAUUAUGUAUGCGAAACGGGCGCCAGGAUCAUUUUUCUGACCGUGCACACGCUGCGCAAGGUGCCUGCCUUUGAGCUGCUGGACGCGCACACACAGAUGAAGCUGCUGCGUGGCGCUUGGCCCGCAUUGCUGGCUGUGGCCCUGGCCCAAUGCCAGCGCCAGUUGGCCGUGCCCACGAUCAUUGGACAGCUGGUGCAGAGCGUGCGCCAAGUGGCGGACAUUGAUAAAAUUGAGCCGCAAAAGAUUGCAAAGCUGGCGCAAAUAACGCGCACACUGCACGAUUUUGUGCAGGAGUUGCAGACACAGGAUGUGACAGAUCUGGAGUUCGGCCUGCUGCGUCUGGUGUUGCUCUUCAAUCCGCUGAUGCUGCAGCAGAACCGACGUGAGCGUUCACUGCGCGCCUAUAUAAAGCGGGUCCAGCUCUAUGCGCUCUCCACGCUGCGCCGCCAAAGCGGCGGCGAGGAGCGCGCGAAUGGACUGUUUGCUAGUCUCCUGCCGCUAAGCGUACUGGAGUCGGAGCUGACCGAGGAGCUGUUCUUUGCCAAUCUGGUGGGGCAAAUGCAAAUCGAUGCGAUGAUACCCUUCAUACUGAUGAUGUGCAACAGCAACGGGCUGUAGGCACCGCAGACACAAAGUAAGACUGAUGGGUGGCAGCAAGCGAGGGGGGUGGCAAACUUGCGCCUAGUGCGGACAAUACUUAGCUAUAGCUUAAACAUAAAUUAUAUAUUAAUACAUUAUUGCAUUAUA